AUGAUGAUCUAUUCUGAUUAUGUGCAGAACAGCUUGUACACAUGGGUGCGAGACCAUCGGCAGCACCACCGGCACAGCGACACAGACGCUGACCCUCACAACGCCAGAAGAGGUCUGUUCUUCUCGCACAUGGGUUGGCUGAUGAUGAGGAAGCUGCCCGAGGUUAAGAUUGCCGGCCGCGCCAUUCAGAUGCGGGAUUUAGAGCGAGAUCCGAUAGUCAUGUUCCAAAAGCGUUGGUUCUUCCCUUUGUACCUUCUACUGGGAUUGGUGAUUCCUGUGAGUAUCCCUGUCUUCUUGUGGUCAGAAGAUUUGGCGAAUUCCUUCUUGAUCUGCUAUGCUUUUCGGACCGUGUACGUUUGGCACGUGACUUGGUUUGUCAACAGCCUCGCGCAUUGGGAAGGAUCGCGGCCAUUUGAUAAGACACUGAAGCCCGUGGACUCUGCGUUCGUGGCAAAAGCGACCAUCGGUGAGGGAUGGCACAACUUUCACCAUCGUUUCCCAUUCGACUACACCACCAGCCUCGAGCACAAGUCCUACCACUGGUCAACAAGCAUCAUCAACUGGGCGUCUCGCCAUGGCUGGGUCUGGGACCUAAGACGCGCCACCCGCAGCGCUGUGCGCCAGGCCAUCCUGCUAAGCGGAGACGGCAGCGUCACCCCUGACGAGGUGAUCGGCUAA